UUCUUACAGCAGUUGGUCAGUUUUCACUCUAACAACAUGUGCACUGGAAAAUGUACCCUAUGCAUUGCCAUCGCUCUGUACCCAUUAGUACUUCUAUCCAUCAUCUGCAAUAUUUUGUUGUUCUUCCCUGACUGGGACAUCAAAUAUGCCAAAAAAGGAUACCUUACUACGGAAGUGAACUACAUGGGGGGAUUCAUCGGAGGGGGUUUGUUGGUGCUGAUUCCAGCACUUUACAUUCACUUGAUUGGAGAGCAAGGCUGCUGUAGAGGUCGUUUGGGGAUGUUCUUUUCGAUUGGUUUUGCUGCAGUGGGUGCGGCUGGAGCAGUGUACAGCUUCAUCGUGGCACUGCUCGGCUUAUUCAAUGGGCCCCUCUGCAAAGAUAAAUCUGGGACAUGGAAAACUCCUUUUAAAGACAGCCACGAUAGCUACCUGAACGAUUAUAAGACGUGGGCUCUCUGUGAAGAGCCAACGAACGUGGUGCAGUUCAAUAUGGGGUUGUUCCUCGCUCUGAUGGUGACCAGCUGCCUGCAGGGACUGCUCUGUGCCAGUCAGAUGAUCAACGGCCUCUUUGGCUGCUUGUGUGGAACCAGCAAUGAGGAAAAGGACUAGUCAGAAAAAACAUCUUAACUUCCCCUAUCCUCUUCUUUUACUAUGGGUUUUGUGUGUGUGUUUGUGUGUGUGUGUGUGUGUGUGUGUGUGUGUGUGUGUGUGUGUGUGUGUGUGUGUGUGUGUGUGUGUGUGUGUGUGUGUGUGUGUGUGUGUGUGUGUGUGUGUUACUGUGUAUUAAGUCAUGUUGCAAUAAAGUACAGUAGUACAAAUUCUGCAAGGAAAUUCUUUAAUAAAUAUGAGUUUUGAAAUCUGGCCUAUGAUUGAGUUUCCUUUUAAAUGGAUUGCAGAAGAGGUUUUUGAAAUGUAAUAUCUGUCUUUUGUCCUGUUUCUUGUAAGUGGUGUUUUGCUUUGUCUGCUUUAGCAACUGAUAUCUUUUAUCUCAGUACAUCUUGGCUUCUGCCCAGAAUAAGCUGAGCAAAUUUUAUUUUACUAGCAGAUUGUAAUAUUGCUUUUAUGAUGUUUUAUUGACUGCUUUUUAUGCUUGUUUUUAUUUUGUGAAGCACUUUGUCAACAUCUGUUUUUAAACGUGCUACAAAAAUAAAGACUUUGACUUCACUGUUAAAUAAACGUAGCAGAAAUGUAAGGAAUUUUGUGUUUGUUCAAUUAUUUGUACACUUUAAUAACACCAACUGGGGUCAUAUCAUACUGGACAGCCUUAUUAGCCACCAAUGUACAACUUGUAAGGAUCAUGCUUCAGCACAAUGAGCAAAACAAAUAAACACGUGGGUAGCAUUUCCCCCAAAAU